CAAACCUCCGAGUCCUCUCCCCCUCUAAAAUCUCUGCUCCUCGUCUUCUUUCUCUCCAUUCAUUUUCAACCAUCUUUCCCUUCUUGGUUUUUAGACCAAAGACCCCAACAUGCAGAGGAACCCAGAUCAACGGUCGAGAUCCGCCAAGCCCACCACCAUCCACGGCUACGCUCACUCCGGCGACCUUUCUGGGUUUCAGAAGCUGCUCCGAGAAAACCCAGCUCUGCUCAAUGAAAGAAAUGCCAUUAUGGUACAAACUCCGCUUCAUGUUUCUGCUGGUAACAAUAGGUCUGAGAUAGUUAAAUUUCUUCUUGAUUGGCAAGGGCCGGAAAAGGUUGAGCUGGAAGCCAGAAACAUGUAUGGUGAAACACCAUUACACAUGGCAGCAAAGAAUGGAUGCAACGAUGCUGCACAGUUGCUUCUUGUCCAUGGUGCUUCCAUUGAAGCCAAAGCAAAUAAUGGAAUGACACCGUUACACCUUGCUGUUUGGCAUUCACUUCGAGCUGAAGAUUUCUCAACUGUUAAAACAUUGCUUGAGAACAAUGCUGAUUGUAGUGCCAAGGACGAUGAAGGCAUGACUCCUCUAAAUCACAUUCCGAAAGGCCGUGAAACUGAAAAGUUGCGGGAACUAUUACAGUGGCACGUUGAAGAGCAGACAAAAAGAAGGGCAAUACAAGCAUGCACUGAAACUAAAGCUAAGAUGGAUGAACUAGAAAAUGAAUUGUCAAAUAUAGUUGGUUUGCAAGAUCUCAAAGUACAACUACGGAAGUGGGCCAAAGGGAUGCUUUUGGAUGAGAGGCGUAAGGCCCUUGGUCUCAAAGUUGGUGUAAGGAGACCCCCUCAUAUGGCCUUCCUUGGCAAUCCUGGAACAGGUAAGACCAUGGUAGCUCGUAUUCUUGGAAGAUUACUUUAUAUGGUGGGAAUUCUACCAACUGAUAAAGUAACUGAAGUACAGCGGACAGAUUUGGUUGGGGAAUUUGUUGGUCAUACGGGACCAAAAACUAGGAGGAAGAUUAAAGAUGCAGAGGGAGGAAUUCUUUUUGUAGAUGAAGCUUAUCGACUGAUACCUAUGCAGAAGGCAGAUGAUAAAGACUAUGGGUUGGAAGCAUUGGAAGAGAUCAUGUCUGUCAUGGAUAGUGGAAAGAUUGUAGUUAUAUUUGCUGGAUAUAGUGAACCAAUGAAACGUGUAAUUGCUUCCAAUGAAGGUUUCUGCCGACGAGUGACCAAGUUUUUCAACUUUAGUGACUUCAGUCCUGAAGAUCUAGCAAAGAUUCUUCAUCUCAAGAUGAAUAAUCAACCAGAGGAGAGCAUGUUGUAUGGAUUCAAACUACAUUCUUCUUGCAGUUUAGAAGCUAUUGCAGAACUGAUUCGAAGAGGAGCAACAGAAAAGCAGUGUAAGGAGAUGAAUGGAGGUUUAGUGGAUACAAUGUUAGUUAAUGCUAGAGAGAGUUUGGACCUUAGACUCAAUUUUGAUUGUAUAGACACAGAAGAACUUAGAACAAUCACCUUAGAGGAUUUACAAGCAGGCCUUCAGAUAUUGUCACAAUGAGAUUGCAGGUUUGGGAUAAGUUUAGUAAAACAACAGGGAAAAGGUCGUAAGAUCUUUACACCAGAUGAGCUUUACUGGUUUUGCUCAGAUUGAUUCGAAGUAUUUGUUUCUCCAGCUUCCCCUAUCCAUUUCUACAGGAGGUUCUGCAACACUUCACUGCUGGAGAUAUCUGUAUAAACUCAUGCGCAGUGCUUUGGACUAUUGCAGCGCCUAUUCUAUUCUUGUGAUUGAUGAUUCACUUCUGGGCAGUUAUUGAUGUAAUUGGUAUUCUUUGUACUGUAAUCUUGCUUUUGUAUCACCAAUUCUUCUCUUCAUUUAUGAAUUAGUUCCUGCAGCUCUAAACCAUUUUAUACCAAUAAUUCAGCAUAUUGUUCAUCACUCUGUAAAUUACUCUUCUCAUUUUGUAAUUAUCUUUAUCAUUUCACUAAGAUUUGUUCUCUG